AUGGAGAAAACCAAACUCCCAAUGUUGAUCCCUUCACAAAUUCUAUGGAAAUUUACCCGAAAAUAUCCCAUCUAAUAACAAGUCAACUCCUGGAUCAGUAACACCACAACUACCAACAUUAACCCCUCACUAACUCCUCUAUAUAAACCCAACGCAUUUUCUCAUUGUAGGCAUCAUUUCUCUUAUCAAGUUUUGUUAAUACUAAGAUAUGGGGAUCAUGAGACUUGGAGCAAUUGUUCUUGUGAUAGUUUCCAUGUUAGCAGCGUCCGAGGCUGCAACAAGCAUACUUGUUGGGGGUUCCCAGCAUUGGAAAUUUGGUUUCAACUACUCAGACUGGGCUCUCAAGACUGCACCCUUCUAUGAGAACGAUAAAUUGGUGUUUAUGUAUGACCCUCCAAAUAGCACCACGCAUGCGCACAGCGUGUACCUACUGAAGAGCCUCCGCGCCUUCUUAGCCUGUGACUUUAAGAAGGCCCAAAUGGUCGGCAAUGUGACGGAUGGAGGGGGCCAGGGCUUCGAGUUUGUUUUAAAGAAGAGGAAGCCCCACUACUUUGCGUGUGCCGAGCGUGGGGGAUUGCACUGUACUCUUGGACUCAUGAAGUUCAUAGUGACUCCCGUCAAGCCCUGCACUUGCCGAGGUUGAGCGGCGUAAAAGGCUUAGUAAUAAAAGUGGGAAGUAAAUGUUUGUUGCUUGGAAUUGUAGUGAGAUGCAAACGUUCUCCCCCUCCCUUCUUCUUCUUUCUUCCUUAUGUUGUUUCCAAGACAAGUUUGAGUGAUGAAUUGUGGACGGUGUUGCGUUUCUUGAAUAUGUUCGAAGGUUAAUAUAUAAUGU